CACCACGAUCAUGUAGGAGAUGAAGCUUGAAUGAGCCUUCAUGCAUAGCACCGCUUCAGUAUAUACCGACUGUACACGAUAUCCCAGUCCUAUGUUCACCGGUUAUCAAUGUAGAGAGAGCCGGUGACCUCGCCUAUGCAUGGCGAUCCUCGUAAUGGAGGCUGAGCCAGGGCAGACAAGGCAUUGCACAAGAGAUGCCUCGCCAGAGCCUCGAGAGCUUUAAAACCACGACAAGCUCUGGACGUUGCGAACGAUGGCAGAACUAGCUCUUGCAGCUGUUUCGCUAACCUUUCAAGUCUUCUCAGGAUGCAUACAAGGCUAUGAACUCAUCACAGACGCGAAGGACAUGCCUUCCGACUGCCAAUACCUUCGCGUGCGUCUAAAGACUGAGGAGUAUCGCCUCUUGGACUGGGCCGACGUCGUUCGCCUUGACGAGACAGAUGACAGCCUUCUAAUCUCGAAUUCAUCCAAGGGUCUGCUUCUCGAUGUACUCGACCAACAGCGCCGCCUUCUGCACCAGUUCGGACGACUAGAUGAGAAGUACAAGAAGCUCUCAAGGCCACUCUUGGUCGAUUAUGUGGAAGAACAUGGUAGACUGCCUGAACCCCCAGCAUAUGCGCCCUCGGGUGACUCCCCAACGGUAACGAGAGUUGAUUCGGACUUCCGAACGCGGUUUCCGCAGUCGCAGGUCCUACUGAAGAAAAGUGUGGACUGGGCGAAGAAGAGCGCAGAAGUCCCGAGGAAGUUGAAAUGGGCCGUCUUCGACAAGACAAAGAUGGAGGCUCUGGUGCAAAAGCUGGUGGGCUUCAACGACUUCAUGCGCGAUAUGCUGAACUCGGCGCAGCUGGAGAGCCUCGUUAUCAAGCAAACACGCACCGAGUUCCAGAUUAUGCAGCUCAACAACAGCAUUCAGAGCCUAGUCCAGAUCUUUGAGUCGACAGCGUUGGUUCAGACGAAAAGGGGCCGUAGAAGGUCGCGCCAUGUGACCAACCCCGUGCGGGCGUACAUGCAAUCGCAAGGGCUAGACGACCCCGACGACUACUACGCCGAAACCCCCAAACCAGGCCUUCAAAGCCUCGCCGCACUCGCCCAAUUCAAGGCCCUCAAUUCCGCAAUACAAGACCCAGACGUCUUCACAGACGAAUUCACAUCCAGCAUCGCCCUCUCCCACUCGGCCUCCGAAACCCUCAAUGUCGAGCUCGCCCGCGCCCACCUCUCCAUCCUCCCCACCGCCUCCCCAGACCAACCCCACGAGUCCCACCGCGAAGAAGCUUUCUACCAGCCGCCUCACACUCGCAAGACCUCCGUCUGGAUCGAGUGGAAAACCUACGAGCCACCGCCGUUCCACCCGACCGGCCCCGACCCCAAGAUUCUCGAGCGCGUCAAAGCCCUCGCCGCCCUUCUCAAAGAGAACAAUCGGACAAACCAAUUCCGCGCGCCGCAUUGUCUGGGCUACUUCCAAGAUGUCGACCCAGACACGGGCGAAGACCACUGCCGCUUCGGCCUCGUCUUCGAGAAGCCUGGCAGUGCGCAUCCCUCCACGCGGCCGAUAUCGCUGCACGCGCUGCUCACGCGGCGCGACAUGGACACGCCCAGCCUCACCGCGCGCAUCGCGCUGAUGCGGCUCCUCUCCGAAGCCGUCGAGCGCCUGCACGCGGUGAACUGGCUGCACAAAGGCCUGCGCUCCUCGGCCAUCCUAUUCUUCUCCGACUGCGGCCCGGGCGAGGUCGAUUUCAACGACCCCUACAUCUCCGGCUUCGACUACUCCCGCCCCGCCAUGAACGACGACCUCACCGAGAAACCGCCUGAGAACGCCGCCGCGGACGUAUACCGGCAUCCACGGGUGCAGGGCUCGGGGCUCCGCGAGCCGUCCUCCCCUAAUUCGUCUUCCUCGUACAAAAAAUCCUACGACAUCUACGCCCUCGGCAUCGUGCUGCUCGAAAUCGCAUACUGGGCCCCCAUCGACGCCAUCCUUGGGAUCCCCGACCUCGAGCGCGCGAAGCCCUCGGUCGUCUUCGGCGUGCGGAAGCGGCUGCUCGAUGACAAAGAGCCGUUUCUGCGUCACGUAAGGAGUCAUCUGGGGGAUACGGUGGAGGGUGUUGUGCGGGCGUGCUUGGUAGGGGCGAGUGCGUUUGGGGUGGGGGAGGGAAGGGAUGAGAGGGAGGAGGGGGUUGGGGCGGAGCUGCAGAGGGGGUUCUAUGAGAGGGUUGUCAGGGAGUUUGGGGGGAUGAGGUUGUGA